AUGGAGGACACCGUCGCGUCAAGUUCGAAAGCUAUUAAGUCUGCAAAGCGUAAACUGCUACAAAAAAGUAAAAAGGCGAAGAAGUUGAAGAGGAAGCGCAAUUCAGAUGUGGAUUUGAAUGUUAUCGGCUCAACAACCAAAGGCGGUAGCGAUGAUGACAGUGAGGAAAACACUGCCAAUGUUUCUGAUGGUGAAAUUUCUGAUUCUGAAGAUCUAAUCAGAGAUGAUAACGACCAACAUCUCGACUUCGAUAUUGAAGCAUUUCCUAUGGAGGCUGACGAUCGUGAUGGAGUUAUAAAUAUGCUUACUCAGAUUUUCCUGAAAGCUGACGUUGACCUCGGUUCACUGGCGGAUGCAAUUAUUGCGCAAGCUCCUUUUGGAUUAGUACUUGGGCCAGCAGAAGACCAAAGUGAUGAAGAUAAUACGAAUGUGGUAUAUGGCCUCUUAUCUAUCGCAAAAUUGAAUCCUUUGAAGGAUGGCAGUUCAAAAUACGCAAAAGAUGUGAUAAACUUCAUUGAAGAGAAAUCGCGAAAAUUCGCUCUGAAAGAUUUUCGUAGUGCUUUUGAAGCUGCCAAGUCUGAUCGGCUUGGGCUCUUUGUUAACGAACGGAUGCUCAACUUCCCCACACAAAUAGUAACGCCCUCUUUUAAAAGCAUCCAGGCCGACUUGAACAAUAUGAAAAAGCAAUAUCAGAAAAUCGUUUAUAUCCAUAAAUUACGUAUAGCGGACUCGGAAACUGUCAUGCCUCCAUCCAAAAGUUCAAGUGAGAAACCUUUGAAGAAGAAGAAGAUGGGGAAGGCUGAAAAGAAAAGAAUGGCAAUACAACUGCGUUCGCUUGCUGAUGUUAUUUAUGAUGACGUUGAAGAUGAGAUUUUGACACAGGUGACUGAAGGCGAAGGACAUUACUUUGACUAUCCAGUUCAUAGUGAAGUGGAAAGCACAAGCAAGUUCCAUACAUUGAUAAAGGAUGGGAAGCAGUACAAGCCGUAUCGGAGAGUGUUCAUUAUGGAUUCAACAAGGUUCAACGCUUUCCUCGAGCAAGUCAUCAACAGUAAUUUUUGA